AUGACCUGGGGAAAUCACUCAAUGUUGAUGGAAUUUGUGUUCCUGGCCUAUCCGUCUCCCCCAGAGCUCCAGGUCUUGUUUUUCCUUGGAGUCAGCCUGGUUUAUAUCUUGAUCAUCGGUGGGAAUGUCUUCAUUGUGGUGGCCAUCCAUACAGAAGCACGCCUGCACACAGCCAUGUACUACUUCCUGGGCAGUCUCUCGGGAAUAGAACUAUGCUACACUGCUGUGGUGGUGCCCCACAUCCUGACCAACGUCCUCCAGUCAGAGAAGACCAUCACCCUCCUGGGCUGUGCCACUCAGAUGAUCUUCUUCAUUGGGCUUGGUAGCGCUGACUGCUUCCUCUUGGCUGCCAUGGCCUAUGACCGGUAUGUUGCUAUUUGCUCCCCCUUGCAGUACCCGCUCACUGUGACUUUAACUCUCUGUGUCCAUUUGGUCGUGGCCUCUGUGGUCAUUGGCUUGUUCCUGUCCAUACAACUGGUGGCCUUCAUCUUCUCGUUGCCAUUCUGCCGGGCGCGGACUAUCGAGCACUUCUUUUGCGAUGUGCCACCGGUGAUGCGUCUUGUUUGCACCAACAGCCACAUCCAUGAGCGGGCAGUGCUGGUGGCGGCCACAUUGGCCAUUGCCAUGCCUUUCUUCUUCAUCGCCACCUCCUACGCCUUCAUUGUGGCUGCUGUGCUCAAGAUCCACUCGGCAGCUGGCCGCCACCGGGCCUUCUCCACCUGCUCCUCCCACCUCUCCGUGGUCCUGCUGCAGUAUGGCUGUUGUGCCUUCAUGUACCUGCGCCCCAACUCCAGCUACUACCCCAAGCAAGAUCAAUUCAUUUCACUGGUGUACACAUUGGGAACCCCACUGCUCAACCCACUUAUCUACACCCUGAGGAACCGUGAAAUGAAGGGGACCCUGGGGAGAGUUCUUGCCAGGAAUUGCCUCUCCCAGAACAACUAG